AUGGAUGAGGACAAAAGGAACCCCAAAUCCCAGCCCCCCAGCCCCUUGCCCAGCUGGCUGGAAGACGAGUCACUCGGUGAGCAGUGGCUGGGGGCAGUGGGCGAGUCAGACCUCCCACUGUCAGAGACGGAGGAGGGGUCCUUUGGCCACGGCGAUGCCGACUGGAAUGACGACACCGAUGGAGACCUUUCCCAGUAUGGAGAUGUUACCGAAUGGGAAGAAGAGGAGACUGAAGAUGAGACAGAAGAUGAGACACUCUACGAAGAACUCUACCAAUGGGAAGAAGUGAGAGUUCAAGAAUGCUCCCAACAGGGAGCCAGGAGACCCCAAGAAAAAGAAGACGAUGACUCCCAGUUUGAAGAAGACAUGAGAAUCCGAGAACUUUCCCAGUGGCGUGAGGGGAGACAGCCAGAGCUGUACCAAUGGGAAGAAAGUGUGAGACGCCAGGAACUGCACGAAUGGGAAGAAGGUGGUGUGAGAUACCACGAGCUGACCCAAUGGGAAGAACGUGUGACAAUCCGAGAGCUGCCCCAAAAGGAACAAGAAGAGACAGAUCAAGAACUUUCCCAAUUUGAAGAUCUGGGAGUCCAAGAGCUGUCCCAGCAGGAAGGUCCGAGAUCCCAUGACCUGCCUCAGCAGGAAGAAGAUGUGGGAGUCCAUGGACUGUACAAGGACAAGAGAGAUCCAGAGCUCUCCCAAGUGGGAGACGAGACAGACAAGGAGCAAGCCCAGGAAGAAGAGUACAGGGCCCAAGAGCUGCCCCCAAGGGCAGACGUGAGUGACCAAAAGCUGUCUCAGGGGGGAGCUGAUGUGGGUUCCAGCAUCUGGGACAAACCCUUGAGCCCGAUGAGUGCUGGGGACCCCCAGGCUGUUCCCCAGGAGGGGCCCAGCUCUGCCAGCAGCGUGGGCACACAGGUGGCAGCAGAGGCAGCCCGUGAGCUGCCCAGCCCAGCUCCUGCCCCGCUGAGUCCCACGGAGGCCGAGCCGGCAGCUGCUGCCCCGGCCGGAGCUGCUGAGGAGGAGGAGCCCCAGGGGCCUGUGGCUCCUGAGGAGCCAAAGGCAGAAGGUUCUGCAGCCUCUGGGGAGCUGGUGCCAUCAGCAGGGACACAGAGCCCUGUGCCUGCCCCACAGAGCCCCUCAGAGGGCAGCCAGGCCCUCCUGGACACAGAGCAGCAAAUCCCCACUGAGAUCCUGAGCGAGGCUGAGCUUGUGAUCCAGGGAUCUGAGCAGCAGCUGGAAAAACAGGGAGACCUGGAACAAAGCACAGACACAGACACAGGAAUAGCAAUUACAGCAGACAGGGAAGGGAGCCCGGUCCCUGCCCCACAGAGCCCCUGCAGCCCCCCCAGCUCCUCAGCUGCCAGCCUGGAAGGCCAGGCUCUCAGGGAGCAGCAGGAGGAGGCAGAGAGGGGGUCAUUCCUGUCAGGGCAAGGCACCGAGGAGGGGGCCUUGGCUGGGGAGGGCCAGGACUGGAAAUACUAUGUUGACCAGGAGAUUUCCCAGAGGGAGGAUGAGGGAGACCAAGAGCUGUCCCCAGAAGAAAGGAAAACUUCCCAAGAAGUGUGCCAAGGGGAAGAGCGCAGGGAGCAGGAGCUGUCCCCUGGAGCAGGCAAGAGCUCCCAGGAAGUGUCCGACUGGGACGAAGACAGCGAGGAAGAGGAGCCCCAAGGAGAAGGGAAGAGCUACCAGGAAGUGUCUGACUGGGAAGAAAACCUCAAGCAAGAGCAGCCCCAGGGAGAAUCCAAGAGAUGCCAAGAAGUGUCCGACUGGGAAGAAUACAUGGAGGAAGAGCAGUCCCCAGCAGAAGUGAAGAGCUACCGGGAAGUGUCGGACUGGGAAGAAAACCUGGAGCAAGAGCAGUGGCAAGAAGAGAAGAAGCACGAAGAACUGGCUGACUGGGAAGAGCUGUCUGACAGCACAGGAGAGCUGUCCCACGGAGAAGUGAAGAUCUCCCAAGGACCGUCCAAGCAGGAGGAAUCCAGCGAGGAAGAACAGUCCCAGGGAAAAGGCAGCAGCUCCCAAGAGCUGCCCAAGUGGGAAGAAUCCAGCGAGGAAGCGCAAUCCCCAGGGAAUGGCAGUGGCUACCCAGAACUGACCGAGUCGGGAGGAUCCAGCAUGGAAGGGCACUUCCAAAGGAAAUUCAGUGCCUACCAAGAACUCCUGUCUGACUGGGAAGACUCCAUUGCCCAAGAGCUGUCCGAGGACGAAGACUCCUUUGUCCAAGAGUUUUCCGACUGGGGAGAGUACAGACCCUCCAUGGUGUCCUGCUGGGAAGACGACAGCGACAGGGAGCUGGCACUGCUGGACUGGGAACACAUGACCGUCCAGAGCGUGGAGGUCAAGCCCUUGCGGCCGGAGGAGGACGAGUGGGAAGAGCUGAGCGUGCUGGAGCUGUCCCAGGGAGAAGGCACGGAACACAGGCUGGCAAUCCUUGCGGCAGAGGGGCUGCCGGUGCCCGUCCCUCGCGAGGCGUGGGCUGAGCGCCCAGCGGGGCCGGUCUGUGCCUCCCCUGCCCAGCUGGAGGCCCAGGCCCCCCGAGGGGCUGCAGCUCCUCCUGCCUCGCACGAGCAGGUGGCACAGGAUCUUCAUUUACCUACUGCUGUACCCAAGGUUCCCUCCUCACCAAGGCAGGACUUCCCUGCAGACUGGAGUAUUAAAACACGGAUUCUAUUCAUGUCUCCCCAACCUUUCACCUGGACAGAACAUCUAAAAGCACAAGAGGAAGCUCAGGGACUUGCUCAGCACUGUAGAGCUACAGAAACCACCUUGCCCCCGAGUGUGCAGGAACCGCAGCUGUCCACGGAGCUGCGUUGUGCCUUUCAGCAGAGCCUCGUGUACUGGCUCCACCCAUCCCUGCCGUGGCUGCCGCUGUUCCCUCGGAUUGGGGCUGACAGGAAAAUAGCUGGAAAGGCUUGUCCUUGGGCACAGGAUGAGGCCUUGCAGCAAGUGCUCAGGAGCGACUGGUGUGUGAGCUUCUCCUCGCUGUACCGGCUGCUCAAGGCGGGGCUCUGUCCCUAUUUCUACGUGUGCUGCCCGCAGUUCUCGGUGCUGUUCCGCGCCGCGGGGCUGGGGGGCAGCGCCGUCCCCACCGCCGCCAUCGCCCCCACCACCCGCGGCUUCAGGGAGGCCCUGAGGAGUGAAGGCAUAGAGUUCUCCUUGCCUUUCCUGGAAGAAAGAGCCAGGAGACAGAAAGGCUCUGAGGACAGUCUGGGAACAGACGGGCCUGGCGGCCUCAGAGGGGGCAGCAGUGCGGAGGAUGAAGGGGAACCAGCUCUGAGCGAUGAUAAUGAUGAUGAUGAGGAAAGUUUCUCUUGGCUCGAGGAGAUGGGAGUGCAAGACGAGGUGAAGAAACCAGAUGCUGUUUCCAUCCAACUCCGCAAGGAGAAGCAGGAGGUGCGGGUGGAUCACCGGCCUGAGUCGCUGGCGCUGGUGAGAGGCUGCGACACGCUGACCCUGCUGAACCUGCUCAUCAACUGCCGCAGCCUGGUGGCCGUGGCGGGGCCGCAGGCGGGGCUGCCCCCCACCCUGCUGUCCCCCGUGGCCUUCCGGGGGGGCACCCUGCACACGCUCAAGGCUCGCAGCGGCCGUGCGCGGGUGCCGGGGGGCUCGGAGGACGCGUUCAGCCUGGAGGUGCUGGGGCCGGUCCUGCCCCACGCCCUGCGGGCGCUCACACGGCUGCUGGGCCCGGCCCAGCGCGGGGCCUUCCGCGCCCUGCUCAGCACACACCAGCCCAGCGCCGCCUUCAACGCCUGCCCCCCCACAGGAGGAUGAGGGAUCACACCAGGACCUCCCUGCAUGUGGACUGCAUCCCAAGACUCUGGAUCAGCUGAGGCAGUGUCCAACCCUGGGAAAAUCUGCCAUCCGCUUCCUGGAGAUGAAGGACUAUGCAUAUACCUGGAAGGCCUAGGAAUGCUGGCUCCAUUCCCUGGAGCAGGAUGUUCCAGGUGUGCCGUGCUCAGGGCUGUGUGGGCAGGUUGGGAGGGACAUCCCAGACACCGACUGUUCCACAGAAACUUCCAAGGACUUUUAACAGAGAGAGGCUUUGGGCUUCUCCUUUUGUAUUUUAGAAAGUCUUUUUAAAAUAAAACUCCUAAUUUUA